AUGCUUGAUACAAUGGGGCAGUUAGCCAACUUUUCACCUCCAACAAAACGAGAUCCUUCUCACAGAAUUAGAGAUGAAAAUAUUAAGUUACUUCCACCAUUUAUCAAUGUUAUGACAUUUGAUGCACUUGAUUACAAACUGAAAGAUCAUCCAAAUCAUUGCUUGCUCUUUGGCAGACCAUUAUGGGGAUCCAACUUGACAAAACCAAUAGAAUAUAUAUUUAAUGAUGAAGAAAAUAGAUUUGCUGUUUCUUUGGCUAUAUUAAGCUGUCUUGUCUCUCUGGAUAUUUCAACUCAAUCUCAGCUUACCCAUUUAUUGGUGGGCAGUUAUAUGGGUACUUGUAUUGGUGUUUCAAAAAGUAGAGAAAAUAUUUUAACCAUAAGAUUUGUCCUUGAUCGACUUGAAACUUCAUUAAAGAAUGGGCUUGUUGAAGCAGGACAUCGUGGGGAACUUGUUGCACACCUCAUUCUUACAUUUGGAUGGCAACAUAUGUUACAAGCAAUAAACACAGCAAUAGCUAAAGAAAAAAUUGGUGCCAUACCGGGAUUUUUUGUCGGAGGAGUAGCUGCCUGUGGUGCAGUCACAUUCACUAAUCCGUGGGAGGUGGUUAAAACACGAUUACAACUUCAAGGUGAAUUGGCUCGUGGUAAUUCUAAUUAUAUAAAACCUUACACAAAUGUAUUUCAAGCAUUUUCCAUGAUAGUUAGACGUGAAGGCUUGCGAGGAAUUCAAAAAGGCAUAGGGCCUGCAUACGUAUAUCAACUUGUGAUGAAUGGUUCACGUUUAGGUUUUUAUGAUCCAAUACGUAACUCGUUGAUAGGAUUUCUCAAUGUAUCAAAUACAUCUAUGCCUAUAAGUAUAUUAUCAGGUGGACUGGCAGGAGUUAUCGGAGCGGCAUUAGGAUCACCGUUUUACCUGGUGAAAACCAGAAUGCAAUCCCAUUCACAACAUAUUAUGGCAGUUGGACAUCAACAUUCUUACAAAAAUACAUUUGAUGCAUUGAAACAAAUUAGUAAGAAAGGGGGCAUCAAAGAUUUGUUUAGGGGUGUGGACGCAGCAAUGCUGAGAACAGGAGUUGGUUCGGCUACUCAGUUGUCAAGUUAUUUCUAUAUAAAAAGGUGGACGAUACAGGAAACAGGAUUGACUGAUUCUGAUAUUUUAGUUCAUGUGUUUUCAAGUCUUUUGAGUGGUCUUUGUGUAUGCACAGCAAUGAAUCCUUUUGAUGUUAUUAGCACACGAAUGUAUAAUCAAAAAGUUGAGAAAACCUUUAUAAGAAUACUUUAG